GCCUCUCUCUCUCUCUCUCGCUCUCUCUCUGUAUGCACUAGUCUACAAGUUCCAAUGGAGAUACGCCACCACUCCUACUUCAACCUUCUUAUCAUUUCUGUGAUGUUUAUCCCAGCAUUUUCCGCCAUUGAUCCCUUCUCAGAGGCACUACUAAGCUUAAAAUCAGAACUCAUAGAUGAUUCCAAUAGUCUCAGAGAUUGGUUUCUACCAUCUGGAGAGAUACAAAAUGAAAAGAUCACUGCCUGUUCUUGGUCUGGUGUGUCCUGCAACAAAAACUCUACUUGGAUUAUUGGCUUAGACCUGUCUAUGAAGAGUCUUGGUGGUGCUAUAUCUGGAAAGCAAUUCAAUCUCUUUGUUGAUCUCAUUGAUCUCAACCUCAGUUACAACUCAUUCUCUGAGAAACUCCCAGUGGGUAUUUUCAAUCUCACCAAUCUAAAAGUCUUAGAUAUCAGCAGGAACAAUUUUUCUGACCUAUUCCCUAAUGGGGUCUCCAAUCUUCAACAUUUAGUUGUUCUUGAUGCCUUCAGUAACAGCUUUUCAGGGGCCUUGCCGACCGAUGUUUCGCUGAUUGAAUCACUCAAAGUACUCAACUUUGCUGGGAGUUACUUCACUGGACCAAUCCCAUCAGAAUUUGGUUCAUUCAAAAGCCUUGAAUUUAUCCAUUUGGCUGGGAAUUUUCUAAGUGGUACUAUACCACCAGAACUUGGGAAGCUAAAAACAGUGACUCAUAUGGAGAUUGGAUACAAUUCCUAUGAGGGAAACAUUCCAUGGCAAUUGGGUAACAUGAGUGAGCUUCAGUACCUUGAUAUUGCUGGUGCAAAUCUCUCUGGUUCAAUCCCAAAACAACUCAGCAAUCUCACUAAACUUGACUCACUUUUCCUCUUCAGAAACCAGCUAAAUGGGGCAAUUCCAUUUGAAUUAACCCAAAUUACUACUCUCAGAAGCUUGGAUCUUUCUGAUAAUUUACUCUCUGGGUCUAUUCCUGAGAGCUUUGCAGAGCUGAAGAAUCUGAGACUGCUCAGCCUUAUGUACAAUGACAUGAGUGGCACUGUUCCUGAAGGUAUUGCAAAACUUCCACAACUUGAUACUCUUCUUAUAUGGAACAAUUUCUUUUCUGGGUCGCUCCCAGAAAAUUUGGGGAGGUUCUCAAAACUCAAAUAUUUGGAUGUUUCAACAAACAGUUUCAAUGGUAGCAUUCCACCAGAUAUAUGUGCAGGAGGAGUGUUGUUCAAAUUAAUCCUGUUUUCAAAUAAUUUUUCGGCUGGCCUGUCUCCGGCUCUCUCCAAUUGUUCCUCUCUAGUUCGUCUCCGAAUCGAAGAUAAUUCAUUCUCAGGUGAUAUCUCAAUGAAUUUCAGUAAUCUUCCUGAUAUUGCCUAUGUAGACCUCUCUAGAAACAGGUUUACUGGUGGAAUUCCUGCUGAUAUAUCCCAAGCUUCCAAGCUUCAGUACUUUAAUGUGUCCAAUAAUCCAAAUUUUGGUGGCAUAGUCCCAGAAAAUACUUGGUCUCUGCCACUUCUUCAAAACUUUUCCGGGUCAUCCUGUAAUAUUUCAGGUCAUAUUCCUUUGUUCCAGGGUUGUAAGUCCGUAUAUGUAAUUGAAUUGAGCAUGAACAGUUUAUCAGGAACUGUCCCUGAAAGUGUAUCCAAUUGUCAGGGUCUUGUAAGAAUGGACUUGGCUAACAAUAACUUAACAGGUCAUAUACCUGUGGAGCUUGCUAGCCUUCCAGCUAUUAGUGUCCUAGACCUAUCACAUAACAGUUUAAGUGGUCCAAUAGCGAUAAAAUUUGGAAAUUCCUCAAGUUUAAAACUUCUGAAUGUAUCGUUCAACAACAUCUCGGGUCCAAUUCCAUCAGAAAAGAUUUUUAGAACGAUGGACAGAAGUGCAUUUGUUGGAAAUCCAAAGCUCUGUGGAGCACCACUUCAUCCUUGUUCAAAUGGGAAGGGAAUUGAAAAUGGACUGGAUUUAGGAAGCAAAAGGACACAGAAGCUUGCGUGGAUUCUCAUACUCUCUGCAGUUGUGGUUAUAUUAAUCACAGUUUCAGUUUUUGGGAUAUUUUACUUCCAUAAAGGAAGUCAAGGCCACUGGAAAAUGGUUUCUUUUAUUGGACUUCCUCAAUUCACAGCCAAUGAUGUUUUGAGAAGCUUCAAUUCUGUAGAAGCCGUGGAGGCGGUGGUGGUGCCACCACUGUCUGGUUCAGUUUGCAAAGCAGUUCUGCCCACAGGAAUAACAGUCUCGGUGAAGAAGAUCGAGUGGGAGCCCAAGAGAAUGAACAUUAUGUCAGAAUAUAUUAACCGUAUGGGAAAUGCAAGGCACAAGAAUUUGAUAAGAUUGCUUGGAUUUUGCUACAAUAGGCAUAUGGCUUAUCUCUUGUAUGAUUACUUGCCUAAUGGAAAUUUGGCUGAGAAGAUCACAAUGAAGAGAGAUUGGGCAGCCAAGUAUAAAAUUGUGAUGGGGAUUGCAAAGGGACUGUGCUUCCUUCAUCAUGAUUGUUAUCCUGCAAUUCCCCAUGGAAAUUUGAAGGCUAGUAAUGUAUUGUUUGACGAAAAUAUGGAACCCCAUUUGGCUGAGUAUGGGUUUGAGCUAUUGGCUCGAUUGAAUCACAGUCCAUCGCAGGCAACGCUCUCCAGGAUGGAAACAGGUGAGCUCAACAGCAUCACAAAAGAUGACCUUUACGAGGACAUAUACAACUUUGGGGAGAUCAUUCUGGAAAUCUUGACAAAUGGUAGACUGAAAAAUGGAGUAAGAAACCUACAGAGCACACCAAAGGAAGCUCUUUUAAGAGAGAUUUAUGAAGAGAAUGAAGUUGGCACCUCUAACUCAUUCCAAGAGGAUCUAAAAUUGGUUCUUGAAGUUGGUUUGCUCUGCACCAGAAGUAGGCCAUCGGAUAGGCCAUCCAUGGAAGAUGCACUGAAGUUUCUAUCUGGGUUGAAGCCCCCAAAAAAAUAACAAGGCUGCAUUAAACUGUUAAAUGACUAUGAACAGAUAUAUGUAGUUUAGCUGAUAAGGUUUGAUGUUUUAUAUUUGUUUUGUUUGAUAUAUUGAGAACAAAUGGAAUGUUUUGUUGUAAACUAGAGGCAUAUAUGUUUGUGUAUCUGUAAAUCUUCAGCAUAUAAUUUGAGCAGUGGUUCAUUCUGAUCUAG